AUCCCAUUCCAUGGUUGAAGAGUAAAGGAAUGCUAAUAUUCAGCGUGAAGUUAUGGAGAGAAAGGGAACACAACAGCAGUAUUCCAAACAAUCUCCCAAUUUUCUCUCUCAAAAUUAUGCAUUCCAUUCAUUCUCUUCUUUUCCCUAACCAUUAAUUAAAAACACUCUGUCUCUUUCUACCUUUCUUUAACAAACAAAAAAAAGACCUCUCAUUCAUUUCCCUCGAUUUUCCUCCUCUUCCUGUAAUUCUUUCCCUUUCUUUAUAAAAUAUAAAAUUCCCAGAAAAGAAUUUUCCUGGCCCAUAUAUUAAAAAUAAUUUUUCUUGGGACUAGCAACUAUUUUCCAGAUUCGAAGUAUUUUUAUAAGUAAAAAAAUUUAUCCCAGUAGGAGAGAGAAAACACACAAGAGAAUAGAGAUACAGAAAAAAAGAGUGAAAAAAAAAUGUUGUGUAGAAUGAUACCAAAGAAGAAGAGGGCUGGUGCAGUACCAGUUUAUUUGAAUGUUUACGAUCUUACCCCCAUUAAUGGCUACGCUUAUUGGCUUGGUCUUGGUGUUUAUCAUUCUGGUGUUCAAGUGCAUGGGGUUGAGUAUGCUUUUGGAGCUCAUGAUAAUGCCACAACUGGGGUUUUCGAAGUAGAACCCAAGCAGUGCCCUGGCUUCACAUUCCGAAAAUCAAUCUUGAUAGGAAGAACAGAUUUAGGUGCUAAAGAGGUUCGCGCAUUGAUGGAGAAAUUAUCGAAAGAGUACUUUGGGAAUACUUACCAUCUCAUUAGCAAAAACUGUAACCACUUUUGUAAUGAUUUAUGUAUACGUUUGAGUGGCAAGCCAAUUCCGAGUUGGGUAAAUCGACUAGCUCGACUGGGUCUUCUGUGCAAAUGCGUUCUUCCUGCAGCUUUGGAUGAAACAAAGGUUCGCCAUAUUAGAGCUGAAAACAAGGUCCGAGAUGUAGACAAAAAAAAGCUGAGAAGCCAAUCAAGUAGGUUCGAACCAUCGAAUUCUACUUCAUCAACAUUAUCUGAUUGUUCUACUGCUUCAGCCAGUAGAAGUAGGAGGCAAAGACGCUGUGUUCCUCCAUCUUCAUCCAUGAUCUGUGCUAUCCCUCAGCAGGAAACUGUUUCAUAGAUCUUUUUUACUUUUAAUUAAUUCUUAUUUUAGGUUUGCAAUGUAAAUUUGUGAUGCAGACUUAUUUGGUAGAAGAUGCAUGUCUCAUUUAUUUGUAUUUUUUUUCGAUUUUCGUUUAUAGUUUGUGUUACUAGCUGCUAAAGAAAGUAAAGCAGCAGUUCUCUCAAGUGUAUCAUGCUCCUAAUUUUGGCCUAUAAUUCCUGUUGAUUAUAGCUUUC